GUAUUGAUCCAACAAUUCAUCCACUUGGAUCAGAUCAGAAUUGUGCUUGUCGGUGAGAGCACGCAUUCGCACAACCUCAUCUUUCCAAAAAUAAAAAGUACGCGCACAGAACAAAAACAAAAUAUUAAUAAAUUUAAGUAAGAAAAUUAGUAAUGGGACUGAGACUAGCGAUUGAGAUGUUCCGGACCUUUCCAAGAAGUCUGAGUUGGCUCAACUGAGGAAACCAAAAUCCCGACAUGCUUACUCUGGUCUUCUAGUUUUCUGAAUCAUCGUAAUGGCCUCGAAUGAGGUUAGAUCCUUGGUUUCAGGACUAAUAGAUCCUUUGUCUCAAACAAAUAAAAGGAAUGUUCCGAAGCGUAGAAGAAUUCGCCGUUGUAGAAGUGCUCCUCUUUCAGAGUAUAUAAGGUUAGAGGCAGGCUUUGCCUCAGGUCCACGUACUGAAUCCUUUUGUGGAAAUAUACACCCGAACUUUCUCUUUGUAGCUGCAUUCUUGACUGUCUACUUAGGCAUAGGAACUUUAUGUUUCUACCUCGUCAGGCACCAGCUCAAGGGAGAGAAGACAAAUGGAUUUCUUGAUGCUGUUUAUUUCUGUAUCGUGACAAUGACCACUGUCGGAUACGGAGACCUUGUGCCAAACAGUGUUCUUUCAAAACUACUGGCUUGUGCCUUCGUCUUUUCAGGAAUGGCUCUCGUUGGGAUGAUCUUGAGCAAAGCAGCUGACUAUUUGGUAGAGAAGCAGGAAUUAUUGCUUGUUAAAGCCUUGCAUUUGAGUAGAAAAGUUGGGCAUUUUGAAAUUCUUGAAGAUAUCGAGACUAACAGUCUGAGGUACAAAUGUAUUGUGGUCUUCAUCUCUCUUUUGCUGCUCAUAAUUGGUGGCACAAUCUUCCUAGCUACUGUUGAGAAAUUGAGCCUUGUGGAUGCAUUCUAUUGCGUUUGUUGUACCAUAACAACUCUGGGUUAUGGAGAUAAGAGCUUUUCUACUCAAGCAGGGCGUGUUUUUGCAGUAUUCUGGAUAUUGACAGGUACCAUUUGUUUAGCUCAGUUUUUCCUCUACAUUGCCGACCUAAAUGCCCAGAGCAGACAACGGGCGUUAGUAAAGUUGAUUCUUACUAGUAGGAUGACCAAUGUAGAUUUGGAGGCAGCUGAUCUUGACGAUGAUGGCUCUGUUGGGGCUGCUGAAUUUGUCAUAUACAAGCUCAAAGAGAUGGGGAAGAUUAGCCAGGAAGAUAUUAGACUUGUAAUGGAGGAGUUUGAAGAUCUUGAUGUUGAUCAGUCAGGAACGUUGUCAACAUCAGAUAUAAUGCUUUCGCAAUAACCUCAAAUCGAGAAGUAACUCUGGCAUCAUGCUCUGAGUAUUCUGAGAGGUGUCUUUGUAAGUUCGUGAUUUGUAUGAUUGCUGACCCUUUAUGUGAUGUGAAUUUCUUUACUAUGUCCAACAUAUCUCUUCCUAUAUAAAGACUAGGUUAAAAUGGUUA